GUUCAGUUGUUGUGUUGUAAUUUUUAGCGAAAGAACAGAAAUAUUUCAAAGAUAAACAUAUUUUAUAUAUAUAAAAAAAGUAUUUUUAUACGUAAAAAUAGAAUAAAGUUAUUUGUAAAUGAAAGUGCAUUGCAUGUAUUAAAUAAUAUAAAUAAUUGCAAAUUUAAAUAAAAAAGAGAGAAGUAGCAGUAAUUGUUGAGACGCUGCAAAAGUAAAGAAGCCACAAAGUUAAAAUUUUUAUUAUGGAUCACAAAAAAAGGCAGAAGCGUCAAUCGAAAGCAAUUGAGGAUAAUUUCUGGGACUGCAGCGUAUGUACAUAUCGGAAUACAGCUGAAGCAUUUAAGUGUCGUAUGUGUGAUGUAAGAAAAGGAACUUCUACACGGAAGCCACGUCUGAACUCAACGCUAGCCGCCCAACAAGCUGCCACAUUACCAGGUGCUUCUGGUGCCAUGCAAAAUGGUAACAAAUCUUCCUCUAGUUCCCGUAAUGGCACUGGUCAUGAGAAAAAUAAACACAAAAAGUAUACGGCACGUUUAAAAAAUGUCGAUCGAUCGACAGCACAGACACGUGAGGUCACUGUCAACUCGGUGACAGUUUUUAUAACAGAAUACAAACCGAAGCCGAUGAGUAGUCGAAGAGAAUCAAGUGAACAAAGCUUCAGUGAAAGUAACGAUUCAAGAAGUUAAACAAUUAGUAAAGCUUAAGAAAAUUAGUUAAAAAUUAAAUGAAAAAUAUUAUAAACAAAAGUUUUUAGUAACAAUUUUUAAUAUUAGUAACCAAAAUAAUACAUUUACAAAAUGUCACUUACAAACAUACACAAAACACACACAGAAACAUACACACUCACGCAUCCUAUGACUCAGACAUAUUUGUUAGUAAAGCUAUAUAAGUUCUUAAUUUAUUGUAUGUAUAUACAUAUAUAUAUAUAUAUAUAUAUAUAUAUAAAUAUAUUGUAUAUAUAUAUAUAUAUAUAUGUAUAACUAAAUUUAUGGAGGAACCAAUCAACCAACAUAGUAAUUUAAGAUGCAUCAAUUUU